UAUUUUCUACAUUUGAGAGUUUGCAGAUGAGCAGCUUACAAUGUUUGUCCUCUGCAAACCGUAUUCAAUUGCACGGCUUAGAGUUUUACAAAGUUGGGGAGAAGACACCUCAGCGGCUAAUCGUGGGUUAUAUGCGAGGGGGGUCAACUCUGACAGCAGACAUUGUUCGUCAGACAGAAGGGGACUUUUAUAUGUUUGAGCCUUUGCAUGGCAUUUCACAACGUUGGAACAAAACAAUACAAUUCUUAAACGGAACUAAACGAACUAUUUUUCGAGAUGAACGUGAUACAAUUUAUCCGGAAUUGCUUUAUCACUGGUUUACCUGCAAUUUUGAUCAAAUUGACCUAGCUGCCCUCACAAACCCAUUCAUUUCAAUACACACACCAGAGCUUACAGAGUAUUACAAUUGUACAGUAUUGAAGUUGAAUGAAUCCAAAAGUGUUAUUGAUAGCGUGAAAAUGUGUGUUAGUUUAUUGUACACAAGAUGCAUUACAGCACGGACACGAACAAUUAAAACCAUUAGAAUGUCUAUGUUUAUGGCGGGAAAACUUUUAAAAUGGCUACCGAAUCUGAGAAUUAUUCAUUUAGUCCGCGAUCCUCGUGGGAUACUCAACUCGCAGUUUGAACAACACGUCACUGAAGAAAAAAGGAUUUUCACGACUGUUAAAAAAGUGUGUAAUACUAUAUCUUCAGACCUGUCACACAUUAAGGAAUUAGAACUGUGUCACAAAAGCAGGAUAAUGAGAAUUAUUUAUGAAAACCUUUGUCAAUAUCCACUAAAAGUUGUGCCAAAAAUAUACAAGUUUUUGAACAUGGAGUAUCCAAAAAAGGUAGAAAUAUUUGUCAAAAGGAUUCUGAAUGGAACAGUUAAGAAAUGUCACUACUGCACAGACCGUGGGGAUGCUCUAGGAAACGCUUAUAGAUGGAUCCACGUCAUUGAAGAAAAAACUUUAAUAAUUAUUGAUCUCUAUUGCUCAUUUCUCUUUCCAUCAUUAGGAUAUAAGCUUUUGGAUUAUGAUAGAUUAAAUUCAACUUUGGUUUCUUGGAUGCCUACAUGA